AUUUUUGAUUUUAUUAUAGUUCGUUCACUUCCUUCAAACAACUCAAAUCAAAGUUUAACAAAUUAAAAUUAAAAACAUGAAGUUCACAAUUGUUGUAGUCAUGUUAGCUAUAGCUUUUGCUGUUGAUGCUUCAGCUAUUGGAUGGUCAGUUCAUCAUCAUCCACAAUUGAGCGUAUGGGGUGGACAUCAUAACGAUUGGCAUGGUGAUGAUUGGCAUUCUGGUCAUGUACAUCACGGUGAUUGGCAUCAUGGUGGUUGGGAUGAUGGACAUUGGUCACAUGGACAUGCUCAUACACACGGUAUUAGUUUAGCACAAGGUGGUGGUUGGGAUCAUCAUCAUGGACCAGUUCAUGCACAUCAUGAUAAUCAUCAUCACGAUCAUCAUCAUCAUCAUGGACAUUAUGUUGCCAAAACACUUGGUGCUGUACAUACUGCCCCAUUACCAGGACAUGUUGAUUCCGUAAAAUCAAUUAAUGUUGCUUCAGCCCCAGGAACUCAUUAAAUUUCCUUAACAUAAUUCAUAAUUUCCUUAAUAUAAUUUCAUAAUUAUUUUUAUAAAUUGUGCAAAUUGUGUUUUAUACAUGUACACGAUUUUAUAUCAUAAGUUUGAAGAAAAGAGAACAAAUAAA